AUGCAAUGUCAAAAUGAUACGCGAAAACAGCCACCCCUGAAUCCUGUGAUGCAUACAAAUGGCGAGGCAAAUGUCACCUGUCAACGCGAGAAGCAGUCGACAUUGCAAUUCCCCAAUAAUGAGGUAAAAGCAAAAUUCGUCAUCCGGUUUCCUUUCCUGGAGCUCGUUCCGUUCACGCGUACACUUGGGCCAGAUCUCGAUCUUUGUGAAGUCGACUACUCCGUAGACAACUCCCCCAUGCCAUGUCGUGAUGAUCGCUCUGUGGCUUGGUGGCGUGGCGGCGCCCCGGUUCUGAGAGAAGCAUUUUCCAUCAACUCGCUCUAA